AUGUCCAACCUAACCAUCAUGACCGAGUUCCUUCUCCUUGGGUUGUCUGAUAUUCGGGAGCUGCAAAUUUUGCACUUUGUGGUGUUUCUAGUAAUUUACCUGGCAGCCCUGAUGGGGAACCUUCUCAUCAUCAUGGUUGUAGUCCUCGACCAUCGUCUUCACACCCCCAUGUACUUCUUCCUGGUGAAUCUGGCCGUUCUAGACCUCGGCUCUAUCUCCGUCACUGUCCCCAAGUCCAUGGUCAACUCCCUAACCAACAUCAGGUUGAUUUCUUAUUCUGGGUGUGUCGCCCAAGUCUUUCUUUUCAUCUUCUUCGAAUCAGCUGAUGUGGCCUUACUAACUGUCAUGGCCUACGACCGAUAUUUUGCCAUCUGCCAACCACUGCACUAUGAGUCUGUGAUGAACAGGAGAACUUGUGUCCAUAUGGCCAUUGGGGCCUGGAUCACUGGUAUUGUCAAUUCGGUACUGCUGACCGGGAGCAUGUUUGCAAGAACCUUCUGUGGAGGCAAUGUUGUUGAUCAGUUCUUCUGUGACAUCCCCCAGCUAAUCAAGCUGGCCUGCCCUGACUCGUACCCUAGCAUAAUUGGAGCUAUUGCCUCGAGUGUGUUUUUAGCUUUAACCUGCUUUGUCUUUAUCAUUGUGUCUUACGUUCAUAUCUUCAAAGCGGUGCUGAAAAUCCCCUCGGAGGAGGGCCGGCAUAAGGCCUUCUCCACCUGCCUCCCCCACCUCAUUGUCAUCUCCUUGCUACUUAGCACUGGUUUCUUUGCCUACCUGAAACCCACCUCCAGCUCAACAACAUGGCUGGAUCUUGUGGUGGCUGUUUUCUAUUCCCUAGUGCCUCAGUUGAUGAAUCCAGUCAUCUACAGCAUAAGGAAUAGGGAGAUCAAAGCUGCCCUGUGGAAAAUGGUGGGUUUCAGUCUAGUCUCCAAAAAUUAA